AUGUCUGCAAGCAAGGGUCAUUUCGAACAGGGUCAUCAACCCCCCGUAUCCCACCAAUCGUCCGCUCCAGGUCACCAAACCGACAUGCCAAAAGAAGCCAUCAACGACCAACUCCCCACCGACGAUGGAGGAUACCAACCAUAUCUCGCCGCCGGCAAGCUAAAGGGCAAGAAAGCCUUCAUCACCGGUGGAGAUAGUGGAAUUGGUCGUGCCGUCGCCAUCUUAUAUGCUAUGGAAGGAGCAGAAAGUGCCAUCAUCUACACACCCGAAGAAGAAAAAGAUGCACAAGAAACCAAGAAGCUGGUUGAAGCUAAGGGAGGAAAGAUCCAUCUGUUCUCUGCAGAUUUGAAGAGCCAACAGGCUUGCAAAAAUGUAGUCGAGAAAGCGAAGGAGGCUAUGGGAAGAAUCAAUAUUUUGGUCCUGAAUCAUGGUACUCAGAUGAUGGUGGAGACUAUCGAUGAGUUAUCUGAAGAGCAAUGGAUUAACACUUUCGAUGUUAAUAUUCACCCAUUCUUUUUCCUUUCCAAAUAUGUCCUCCCACAAAUGUCCCGCGGUGACACAAUCAUCACCUGCGCUUCCGUAAACCCAUACGUCGGUCGUCCAGAUCUUCUCGACUACACCUCCACCAAAGGCGCCAUCGUAGCCUUCACCCGCGCUCUCUCCAACCAACAAAUCAGCAAGGGAAUCCGCGUCAACGCCGUCUGUCCCGGACCCAUCUGGACCCCUCUUAUUCCCGCAACCAUGAACGACAAAGCACAGAAAGAAUUUACAUCACCCAUGGGUCGUCCCGGUCAACCAUCAGAAUGCGCAACUUGUUUUGUAUUCUUGGCGAGUGCGGACAGCAGUUUUAUUAGUGGACAGAGUUUGCAUCCUAAUGGAGGUGUGCAGGUUGGUUCUUAG